CGCGACCGCGCCGCCCGCGGCGGGCCGGGAGCAGCAGCAGCAGCAGCAGCAACAGCAGCAGCAGCAGCAGCAGCAGCAACAGCAGCAGCCGCCGAGGCCGGGCGUGCGCCUGAGGCGCGGCGGCGGCGGCGGCGGCCCUGCGGGCAGCCAGGAGGGGCGGGGGCAGCGGCCGCCGCCGUUUGAUGGAUCCGAGGAUCGCCUGGUUCCAGCCAGAGCAGCUCGGACCGUCCAACAGUCUGUGGAUGCAGAUCUGGGAGACGACCCAGGGACUGAGGAACCUCUACUUCAACCACCACUGUCACAGCAGCGGCGGCGCGAGCGGCGGCGGCGGCAGCAGCACGGCCACCGGCGGGAGCGGCAGUAGCACCGGCAGCCCGGGCGGCGCGGCCCCGGCCCCGGCCCCGGCCGGCAUGUACCGUUCCGGGGAGCGCCUGCUGGGCGGCCACGCGCUGCCGGCAGAGCAGCGGGACUUCCUGCCCCUGGAGACGACCAACAACAACAACCACCACCACCAGCCCGCGGCCUGGGCCCGCCGGGCUGCCGCGGGCCCCUCGGCGUCCCCGGCCCCCUCGGCGUCCUCGUCCCCGCACUCCUCGGCCGCCGUCCCCGCCGCGGAACCCGCCGACCCAGCUUCGGGCAGCAGCAACAAGAGGAAGCGCGACAAUAAGGCCAGCACCUACGGACUCAACUACAGCCUGCUGCAGCCCAGCGGAGGGCGGGCCGCGGGGGGCGGCCGGGCCGACGGCAGCGGGGGCUUGUACAGCGGGACCCCGUGGAAGCGGAGGAACUACAACCAGGGAGUCGUGGGUCUGCAUGAAGAAAUAAGUGAUUUUUAUGAAUACAUGUCUCCAAGACCAGAGGAGGAGAAGAUGCGGAUGGAGGUGGUGAACAGGAUCGAGAGUGUGAUUAAGGAGCUCUGGCCCAGUGCUGACGUCCAGAUAUUUGGAAGUUUUAAAACGGGCUUGUAUUUACCUACGAGUGACAUCGAUCUUGUGGUGUUUGGGAAGUGGGAGAACCUACCCCUCUGGACCCUGGAAGAAGCUCUUCGGAAGCAUAAGGUUGCAGAUGAGGAUUCAGUGAAAGUUCUAGACAAAGCAACUGUACCUAUUAUUAAAUUAACAGAUUCUUUUACCGAAGUGAAAGUUGAUAUCAGCUUUAAUGUACAGAAUGGUGUGAGAGCAGCUGACCUCAUCAAAGAUUUUACCAAGAAAUAUCCUGUAUUACCAUACUUGGUAUUAGUAUUGAAACAGUUCUUAUUACAGAGGGACCUUAAUGAAGUUACAGGUGGAAUUGGUUCUUAUAGUCUCUUUUUAAUGGCAGUAAGUUUCCUUCAGUUACAUCCCAGGGAAGAUGCUUGCAUCCCCAAUACAAACUACGGUGUUCUCUUAAUAGAAUUUUUUGAAUUAUAUGGACGACACUUCAAUUAUUUAAAGACUGGCAUCCGGAUAAAGGAUGGUGGUUCCUAUGUGGCCAAAGAUGAAGUACAGAAAAAUAUGCUAGAUGGCUACAGGCCAUCCAUGCUUUACAUUGAAGAUCCUUUACAACCAGGUAAUGAUGUUGGAAGGAGUUCAUAUGGGGCCAUGCAAGUGAAACAGGCCUUUGAUUAUGCCUACGUUGUUCUGAGUCACGCUGUAUCGCCAAUAGCAAAGUACUAUCCCAACAACGAAACGGAGAGCAUAUUAGGUAGAAUAAUUAGAGUAACAGAUGAAGUUGCCACAUAUAGAGAUUGGAUAUCAAAGCUGUGGGGCUUGCAGAAUAGGCCUGAGCCUUCAUGCAACGGUCCAGUGUCUUCCUCUUCUGCUACACAGUCCAGCUCUAGUGACGUCGAUUCCGAUGCGACACCGUGCAAAACCCCGAAACAGCUGCUCUGCCGCCCGUCCACUGGGAACCGGGUAGGGUCGCAGGAUGUGUCCUUGGAGUCCUCUCAGGCAGGCGGGAAAAUGCAGAGCACCCAGACCACUAACAUAUCCAACAGCACCAACAAAUCCCAGCCUGGAUCAACAAGGCUCUUUCGUUCUUCCAGCAAAGGCUUCCAAGGUACAACCCAAACAAGCCAUGGUUCCUUGAUGACAAACAAACAACAUCAAGGCAAAUCAAAUAAUCAGUAUUACCAUGGCAAAAAGAGGAAACACAAGAGGGACGCCCCCCUCUCAGACCUUUGUAGAUAGUCGGCGUUGUACGAUGGACUGUCUUCUGUGUGCAAUGAUCUCAUGCUCAGGACAGUUGGAUAGGGACUCCUGGGAAACGUUCGGGAGCCUUACACUGUUCAGACGUUGAUUUAGCAACUGCGUUUUUUCCCAGCUCGCCACGGAAUGGAUCAUGAAGACUGACAACUGCAAAAACAAAAAGCAAGCAAAAAAGGGGAAAAAAAAGGCUGCUCAUUUGAUAAGUCAUAUGCUAUAACAGGGUCAUUUUAAGAUUUAAAGCUUGAAUGUAAAAUAAGUCUAUUUCUCAUUGGCUUUAUGCAGAGUUAUAGGGAAUAGUAUUCAGUGGGUAGGGUGAUAGAAACAAGAAACAAUUUCAGAGGAUGGGGUGGGGAAGGAAAACACAGGUAUCUUAUAGGAAGUCCAGAUUUCAAAGGGGAAAGUGAUCUGUGCAUGUUUUUUUUUUUUUUUAAUAUUUUUGCAUAUAUUUACCAUUUUAUUGUGUGUAUAUAUAGAUGACCAUAUAGGAAAUUGAUAUUUGUAAUAGUGGAUUUGUUAAUACUUUUUACAUAACAUUACUGUUUAAAUUGUAAACAGAUUUUUCUCAGGAUUAGUUUGAAAAAUAAUCUGAAUUGUCAUCUUAACAUCCAUCUAUAGGGAAGUGAUUAGUUCUAUUACUCAAUUUGUUUCCUCAACAUUGAAAUGACUUAAUAGAACCCUUGUGACCUGCUGCAAAAAUUUUCCUCUCUAAAGAAAAGGUUAUGGUGGCAAAUGACGUUUACUUUAUUUUGUAAAAAAAAAAAAAAAAAAAAAAUGUACUAUGUACUUUUGUGUAAACACUGAAAAAUCUCUAGUCAU